UCUCGCUCGCCGCCCCCUUUUUUGUUGUCGUGCACGCGCCCGUCCGCGCUCGCUCCUGUCGUUUGACGCUCGUCGCAGCGGAAGAAAAAGAAGAAGAAGAAGAAGAGCUCGCGUCGGGUUUUGCGGCUCGGGCAUGGACGAGAUGUCCCGAGUGCACACCAGCGCAACUUUCGCGGCCGCCGUCGGCGCGCACGGAGUCCUCAAGUCCCUGCUGGAGAACCCGGUCCAGCUGCCCUCCAGGCACACUGACGCGUCGUGCGUGGCCGCAGCGACGAUGGCGAAGGAUCCCGACAAGGAGAAGAAGCUGGACGAGGACUUGAGCGCCCCCCAGUCGGCCUUCCUGGGGCCCACCCUGUGGGACAAGACGCUGCCCUACGACGGCGACAACUUCCAGCUGGAGUACAUGGACCUGGAGGAGUUCCUGUCCGAGAACGGCAUCCCGUCCAGCCCCGCCCGGCACGCCACGACGCCGCCGAGCGCCAGGGCCCCGCCCGCCGCGGCGGUGCCGCCGCCUUCUGUGAUGGACCUCAGCGGCCACGCUUGCGCCUCCGUCCACGGAUGUCUGCUCAGGAACCCCAGCAGGCCAGGGCUCCCGAACUUCAGAAACACUCCGAGCCCGAUAGACCCGGACGCCGUCCAGGUUCCGGUGGGCUACGAGCCGGACCCGGCCGACCUGGCGCUGUCCAGCGUUCCGGGCCAGGAAACGUUCGACCCGCGCAAACGCAAGUUCACGGCCGAGGAGCUGAAACCUCAGCCCAUGAUCAAGAAGGCUCGCAAGGUCUUCAUCCCCGAGGACCUGAAGCAGGACGACAGAUACUGGGCCCGGCGCAGGAAGAACAACAUGGCGGCCAAGCGCUCGCGUGACGCCCGCCGGCUGAAGGAGAACCAGAUCGCCAUCCGGGCCGGCUUCCUGGAGAAGGAGAACCUGGCGCUCAGGCAGGAAGUGGGCGAGCUGCGCAAGGAGCUCGGGCGCACCAAGAACAUCCUGGCCAAGUACGAGGGCCAGCGCGGGCACCCGUGAGCGUCCGUUAGCGUCGAGGCGCACACGGUACACACAAUACACACACAAAGGCCACUCUGCGGUCCUGUCGGCAGGUGAAGCAGCAAGUGGCGCCAAAAUGCCGGUAAAAUUGUCUUUUUGAAGCCCGCCCUCCCCGAAAAGUUUGAAAAAUAUAGCCCCCGACGCCGCCAUUUUGCACUCAUAUGUGUCACACAGAGCGUCCCAAAAAAGAAAAAAAAAAAAAAAAAUCUGCAAUCGACACCAUCUCGAGCAAUCAAACGACCAAAUUGGGCGUCCAAAAAUUGAACAGGAAAUUGGUCGUUUUGCUUUCAGGAGGCCAUUUUGAAUUGAGACGCGCCACCUUGGAGCAUUUGGAAAAAAAAAUCCGGGGGACGAAUCACACGCGGGAUGCGCAAAAAAAAAAAAAAAAGUGAGUGACGCGACACGACGCGUACCCCAAAUCCUCAUCGAGUCGGCAGUUGUGGGGUUUUUUUUUGGAGUCUGCCGCCGUUCGGUUCCCGGCAUGCACCCUUCUGAUGUCCACUUUUUUGUCUUUUACUACCUUCUGCCGUCCUUUGUACCUCGAGAUGCGUGCCGAAAAAUGCCAAAGCCAAGAUUUCGAUCCCCAAAUCAGUGUUUUUGUUUUGGAAUCUUCCACACUUCAAGCCAAAGAAAGUGUGCAUCACGUGCAAAGGACAAAAUGAACGCAGACAGAGCACUCUCCACAUAGGAAAAUGAGUCACAUCAACUUUUAAUACUUUUGAAUUACAAGAAGGAAUCAUAUUCUGAAUUGAAAUGAUUUUACUGUCAAAACAAUGAAUGCGAUGACGCCAGACGUCUUUUAAUGACUUGAGUUUGUACUGUCAACAAAGCAAACAUUUUCUUUUUUACCAAAUUAUUUAUGUUGUUGACUUCUCGGCUGGACCUUUUAUGAUCAUUGAUAUGAGAAAACAACAAGAGCUUGUUUUGAAUGGAAUUUAUUUUUAGUGCAAUAAUCCUGUGGCAAAUUUGUACACGUGCUGACAUGUAUGUACGUAUUUGUGUGCGUGUUACGCUUAGACCUUGGUACUACCGACCAAAAAGAAAAACCCUUUCAGUUGAAA